UAGUGGAGGGACACGCCAUAUUUAAAAUUUUUAUUUAUAUAGAGUUUGCAAAAAAAAAACCCGCACAUUUUCGACCUCAAAUGGGGCAUGGGCUUCAAGUGAAUAUAUACAAUACGUUUGAACGAAUUACUACUUAUUAUCUAAAUAUGUUCGCAAUGAAGUAAAUUUUAAAUUAUCAUGAGCUUUAGGCCUUACGAAUGACAGAUACAUAAAUAUAGCAUUGGGUUCUUUUUUUUAACAGUUAAGGCAAAUUAAAAAGUGAACGAAAUAAAAUUUAUAAUAAAGGUAGCAAUUAAAUAUUUUACUCGGAGCAUAAACUUAAUAAGCCUACUGUGAAAUGCAACUGGUAACUGUUAAUAAUUAUAUAUUUAUUUAAGUAAGGUGCACACUUAACUUUUUUCGGUUAGUAUAGUAUUAUAAUUUCCAAUAUGGUUGGCUGAUUUCGUUUUUUAAGUGUUGAUUUAUAUUAUUAAAAAAAACACAAUGGACAAAGAAAAAGGUUAAUGUAUAUGUUACGACCACUCUUUUUUGAUGUUUGAGGUCAUUCACCCCCUGUGGGAGGUAAGAAAAAAUGCUGAUUCAGAAGACGAAAUCAGUGAGAGGGUACAUAUAUAAAGUGGGUCGGUUUUCAAAUUCGUUCAUUCACUGGAAGAAGACGGCAGACAUUCAUCCUUUCACUCACUGGAAGAAGACAUCAAAGAUUCAUUAUGGCGAUCAUUCUAUCUACAACAGUAGUUUUCUUCGGAGUCUGUUUCGGCAUACUUAACGCAGAGAGCCCAUUCUCUGCUUGGAAUCGUAAACUGACGAUGUCGGAUGGCCAGGUGAUUACAGUGAGUGAACACGCUGAGAUCGUGGGAACCAAGCAGAUCUUGAUGAAUUCCGUCGAAACAGCGCUGAAGGACGCCCGCAUCUACCGGUCACAGAGCUACCAUGAUUUCAAUACAGGUGUUCUGGGAAUUAAAUACAUUCCAUUUGGAGAAGAAAAUGGAGCAGCUUGCAUGAUUGGUCAGGUAUCCAAGAAUUACGAGACAACCCUCGGCGAUUUGACAAACAGAGCGGGUUCGACGAUUGACACGUGCCAGGCACCCAAACAGUACAGAGCUGUUGACGAGAUCACAAAUUCUGGAAGUGCUGACGUGGAUAACUUCUGUGGAAGCGUGCCCAUGUACCAAAUGAAAUUGGCCCGAUUCCAGCUAGGAGUGGUCGAUAUAGUUGGCGUGCCCCUGUUACCAUGGAGAGUGCAAACAGUGUGUAUCUAUGGCCCAAUAGAUUGGUUUUUUACAGAAAGCGUACCAAUGCAGCAAGGUCUUUUCAACCCUGGCUACCCUUAUUAAACAAUUACAUAAGACCAGGCAUCACCAGCAAAAUAAUAAUAAUAAAAAAGAAAUAAUAAUUUUAAAAAUGCAUGUAAUUAAAAUAUCUGAUAUAUAAGUUUUUACAGUUUUGGAUGGGUACUCUGAAGUGGAUUUUUAAUACAUUGUAUUAUUUUAAUAACUGGAUUACCCCUGACCCUACAUUUACCCAAUCUUCCAUCCAUUUUCUGGAUUCUCUAAAGGAUAUCCAGCUGCAAUAUUAAAACAAAAAUGUUUAAAAAAGCUUUAGUUAUUCAAAUACCUGUACUUAAAUAUAAUUGUGUAUGUAUUUUGUCGUUUUCUUAUAAUAAAAUGUUCUAUUCAACACAUACAUUUCUGUUGUUUUGUUAAUAUUUACAUUAACAUAAACUGUCUUUAAAUGGUAAACUUAUACGGCUAAAAUUCUUGUUUAUAGUAACCAAAUAUAUAUACUACUGACUACAUGUAGUAACAGAUAUGCUGGUCCGUAUUUUAUCGUAUUUACAAAAGCUUUAGUUAUUCAAAUACCGGUACUUAAAUAUAAUUGU